UAUUUAUUAUUGGCGUUUCUGAAAAGAUUUUCAGUGAUUUUCAGAGCAUAAUGUCUUCACUCUCUUGAGUGUAAUCUUAUCAACCCAAAAUCUGUAAUUCAGUCCUUUUUAUACUUUAAAAAUGUGGUAUAGUUCGCGUACAUUUAAUGUCGAAUCCGCACUCGUUAGUUACCUUUGGUGUUUAAUGUGAUCGAUUGGCGUAUCGUGAAAAUACCAAUGUUCACUGGCACUUUGAAGAUUAAAAUAUGUGAAGCUUGCGGUCUAAGACCCACAGAUUACCAGAAAAGGCACAAUGUAACUUUUGGCAAACUAGACGAUCAACCUAUUGAUCCAUAUGUCACGAUCGACGUGGACGAACAACACUUACAUCGAUCAACCACCAAGCAGAAAACCUUCGAUCCUGUGUGGAAUGAAUCAUUUGUGCAGGAAGUACAUAAUGCUAGUUACCUGGAACUGACGGUAUUUCAUGAUGCUGCUAUACCACCCGACGAUUUCGUUGCUAAUUGUACCAUAACUUUCGACGAUCUGCUUCAAAAAGAAAAGGAAACGCCAGAUUUUUGGGUUGAUUUGGAACCUCAAGGGAAACUGCAUUUAAAAAUCGAACUGAAAUGGAACUCAUCAGAACAAGUAUCAAACCAGAAGCCCCUGGAAUUCAAAGAACGUCAAGGCUUCAAUCGUCGUCGAGGGGCUAUGAGAAGACGAGUACAUCAAUUCAACGGACACAAAUUUAUGGCCACAUUCUUGAGACAACCUACGUUUUGUUCGCAUUGUCGCGAAUUCAUCUGGGGUAUAGGAAAACAGGGUUAUCAGUGUCAAGUAUGUACGUGUGUGGUACAUAAAAGAUGCCAUAGAUCUGUUUUGACUAAAUGUCCUGGAAUGAAAGAUGAGCAAGUGGUUGAUAAUAAAUCUCAGCGGUUUAGUGUCAACGUACCGCAUCGAUUUGUCGUCCAUAGUUAUAAACGGUUCACAUUCUGCGAUCAUUGCGGGUCUUUGUUGUAUGGCCUGAUCCGGCAAGGAUUACAAUGCGAAGUUUGUAAUAUGAAUGUCCAUAAACGAUGUCAGAAAAACGUAGCGAAUAAUUGCGGAAUAAACACCAGACAUUUGGCUGAACUUUUGGAUGAAAUUGGAAUUUCACCUAGUCCUGGAACUAAGGGAUCAAGCAGCGUCGGCGGUCCACCAUCAAAUUUACAAAGCAGCACAUCUCCUGUAGCAUCCGAUGAAAAUACUCUAUUAUUCGAUCAAAGACGGAUGACCGAUGAUGAUAAGCAGACUGACAGCUCAGAAAGAGGUAUUUCCGUUCAACAGCGAUAUUUUUAUAACUCGAACGUAGACAUUAAUUUAAAAUUUCCGUCGUGUUCAUCAGUGAAUCGUAGCGGAUCCAAUGGCGGUGACCGAAAACUAGGAGUUGAUGAUUUCCAUUUUAUUAAAGUACUCGGCAAAGGAAGCUUCGGUAAAGUGAUGUUAGCCGAGAAGAAGGGAACUGAUGAAGUUUAUGCCAUAAAAGUUUUGAAAAAAGAUAUCAUUAUUCAAGACGAUGAUGUCGAUUGUACCAUGACUGAGAAAAGAAUAUUAGCUUUGGCCGCCAAGCAUCCUUUCCUCACUGCCUUGCAUUCCGCCUUCCAAACUAAGGAACGUUUGUUUUUUGUUAUGGAAUAUGUUAACGGAGGCGAUCUAAUGUUUCAAAUUCAAAGAGCUCGAAAAUUUGAUGAACCCAGGGCCAGAUUUUACGCGGCCGAGGUUACGUUAGCGUUGCAAUUUCUUCAUAGACACGGUGUCAUUUACCGGGAUUUGAAGCUGGAUAAUAUUUUAUUGGAUAACGAAGGACAUUGUAAAUUGGCUGACUUCGGUAUGUGCAAGGAAGGUAUCAUCGAUGGCGUAACUACCAGCACAUUUUGCGGUACUCCAGAUUACAUCGCUCCUGAGAUAUUACAAGAAUUGGAUUACGGAGCCAGUGUCGAUUGGUGGGCAUUGGGUGUGCUGAUGUAUGAAAUGAUGGCUGGCCAGCCACCCUUCGAAGCUGAUAACGAAGAUGAUCUGUUCGAGUCCAUUUUACACGAUGAUGUACUCUAUCCAGUCUGGUUGAGUAAAGAAGCCGUGUCUAUAUUGAAAGGCUUUAUGACCAAAAAUCCUAGCAAAAGGUUGGGUUCUGUAGCGUCGCACGGAAUGGAAAAUGCUAUAAGGACUCAUGUCUUCUUCCGCGAUAUCGACUGGGAUGCGUUGGAAGGCCGAAAAAUCAAACCACCGUUCAAACCUAAAAUCAAAAACAAAAAAGACGCCUUGAAUUUCGACACGGAAUUCACCAAAGAGGAACCCGGUUUGACACCAAUUUCAGCCGACAUCGUUAAAUCCAUUAAUCAAGAAGAAUUCCGCGGCUUCUCGUUCACAAAUAUGGACUACAAUCCUUCAAAAUUCAGUAAUUUCGCAGCGUAAUCCACGUCUUGACGCUUAGAAGUUAGAAGAAGCAGAAAAAAAAAGAAACCAGUACAGCCACGCUGUAUGAUUCGUUGCAUUUGAAAGUAACUUAAGCACAAAACAUCCCCUCCGUAAAUCUAAUUUCAUUUUUGCCCAUUCGUACGUAGUAAUUAGCUUCGUAGCUUCGGUUUAAAUAGUAUAAUUUUUUUAGUUGAGGAAAAAAUGACAUAAACUACUAACAAAGGUAUCUCAAUAGCGUAGGAUUAAUUAAUUCGCGAAGAAAUGAAUAAAAUUGGCAGAUCGAGUAUCCGCGUUGUAUAAAUAAGCGCGGUACUCCGGUGAAAAAGUAUGAUUUUUCGAUACGAGCGUAUGGAGAUAAUAUUUUUAACAUAAUUCAUUUUAGUUCCAGUGCCUUGCUUGUGUACUAUUAAUUUCGUAUAAUAUUAAAUUUUAUAUAGUUUGGACGCGUCAAUGAACGAAUUUUAAAGAAAAAAACCCCAUUUUAUAAGUCGACGGCCGUAUUCGCGUUUAAAUGUUAAUUUUUCUUGUGUCCCAGUAUCCCUUAAAUCUUUUCCAUGUCCGCUGCAUUUCUUUUUUUUUCGAAAGACCGUACGACCUUUUGUGCCCUGAAAAGAUCCGAUAAAUGGAAUUUGAGAACAUUUCCUGUGUGAAAUCGUACCGUACGAUUUACAGGGAACUUCGUCAACGUGAUUAAAAUUUUGAAAUUUCACCUCGUUCGAUUUCUCGCGGGCACUAAACGGUCAAACAUCACGUUGUAUGAAUUUUUAAUUAGGACGUUACAUUUCGUUAUAAAUUAAGGUUUAGUUAAUCGACGAAAAUAUUAGCUUAAGUUUUAGUAAUCGAGAUUCGUUUGACGAAUUUACUUAUUUUUUUUUGUUGGUAUUUUGUUUUUCUCGCGUUUCGAACUUUUCAAAGUAAAAAUCGACAGUAUUAUUUUGUUCGCUUUCUAUGCUUUCAUUGUAUUCUCUCUCUCUCUCUCUCUCUCUCUCCUUUUUUCUUUCUUUAUUUUUCUAUUAUUUAUUUUUAACGCCAAUUUAUCAAAUGAAACGUAUUAAAUGCAUUUAAAAAAAUCUCUCGAACGGCGAAUGAUACACAUCAUUCGUUAGUUUGGCUUUUUAUCUUAUUAUAAUAUUAUUGUUUUCUUUUUUCGCUUUUUGUUUCGUUUUUUUUAGUCAUGUGUUUUCGUUUUUAUUAUUCUAUUUGUAAUGUUUAACUUACCUAGUCUUUUAGUUUUUAUAUAUUCCAAUGUGUAAUUUUAACAGAUUUCUUUUUUCUAGUAUUAAGAUUAUUAGGCCAAUCGAAAGAUGAAUUUCGCAUUUAUUAAAACGAGAGAACCUAUAGAAUGAUUUGUCCAAAAAAAAAAACCGAAACCGAAGACGAGUCUAGAUAAAAAAAGGAUAGUCGCGUGCUCUUUUUUUCAAUAUCCAGGACGUUCCGUUCGUUCCGUCCAUCAUAUCGCAUAUUUGCGUUAUUUAAGGUGUAUUUUAUUGUGUAUCGUAGGUGUGCCUGAAUGUGCGAAGCUGAAAUGAAAGAGAGAAUUUAUUGGACAAGGUGUGUUUGGGCCGGAGGCGCGGAUAAAUUUAUUAUUAUGUAAAUAUGUAUGUAAUUUUUAUCUUCUUCGUUUGUUUUUUUUCUCCUUUCGUUUUUGGUUUACGACUGAAGCGCACACAAAAAUUGUACCGAAGAUACGAGAAGGUAUCGUUAAAUGUCUUAUUAAUUUACCAUGAAAAAAUUAUUAUUAAUUACAUAAAAUGCACCAUCGUUAGUACAAAUUGAAAAAAUUUUCAUGUUAGACCAAUUUUAAAAUAUGUAGGUAAUUUUUCGUCUUGUUUCGCGUCGCGUCGCUUUUAUCGUAAUUUAUUAAGUCGAUGUUUUAAGCAAUGUCCGGUCGAUACGAGUGAACAAAUGUUGUGAUUUUAUUUCCCUACCUAAGCGUCAUCCCGUUACAAAUUUCGUUUUUUAUUUUUGUUUUUGUUUUUGUUUUUGUUUUUUUACAUCAUUCCUCGUGAAUGGACGAAUUCGCGAAAUUGGCUAAUAAUCUGUGUGUUUUAUUCAUCUUUUUUUUUCUUCUAUUAACGGACUUUUUGAGGUCAAGUACCAUACCAUAAUCGCUUUUAUAUGUUAAUUGGUUGAGUUUUUGUUUGUGUUUUAUUAUGAUUUUUUUUUCGUUCGUUCAUAUUUAAUACUCAGAUGUGUUUUAAUGUUUAAUUUCUCUUUGUAUCGUUGAGUUUUUAGUUUUGUUGUAUGUAAUUUCGUUGUUUGUGUUAUUUGUAAUUGACGUGGUGUUGGUGGCGCCGAAAUUGGUGAAUAAGUCGAUAAGGAGUGCUUGAGGAGAGCCUGCUUCUCGGUAUGGAAGCGAAUUGAAUGAUGAGGGAUCGAUUAUUUUUACAAGGUGAUUCCGAAAACAUCUGCUUUGCUCUUUAAAUCGUUCCUGCAACAUGAAUGUUGAGUGAUUUUGGGGUUAUUGUGAGUUGGUUGGAGUGAGAACUCGCGAGAAAGCAUUAUUUGAUUGUGACGAAGAAGAGAUCAUUUCACUGAAGUGGUUUAAAAAGAGAUUAAAGGAAGUUGAGAGAGUUUUGAGUACAAUUUUGGAGUGAUUUGCAUCCCAUGUUAUGGAGUUUUACUUACUCAGUGGAUUGAAUGGCUGGAAACCUUACCACAUUGAUCCAUCAGAUAAGUCGAAUUUAUGCCUUGUGUGUGAUUAGUUGUCUAUUUAUCGUUUUGAAGGUUUUUAGAAUGUUUCUGAAUCACCUUGUAUAAAAAUAUACUUGUGUACAUUUCGUAGAGAGACCUAUUUGAGUAUUCCUCUUUUCAAAUACCCUAUUAGAGAAUAGAGAAACGAAACUGGAGUCGAUUAAUAACGAUCUCGUUUGCAAAAAUGCAAAAUAAAACGUGAAACAUGAUGUAACUUUCGUAGCUAGAAUAAUACAGUAUUUAUUCGUAAUUAAUAGAAUGAGUUUGAAUGUUUUAAACGUAUGCUAAGUAAGAUUUGACGAUAGUCGAAGUAUAAAUUAUAAGAAUAGAGCAGUGUGAGAACUGAGAAGUAUAUAUUUCUAGUUCUAGAAAUAUUUGAUUUUGCGAGUGAUGAGUGUAUUUUUUUUUGCAAUUAGGAUUCUGUGUUUGAAAAAAGGUAAUAUUUUCUGCGAUGGAAUUACCUAAAGUUCAGUUUUUUUUUUGUUUUUUUUUCUUGAUUUAUUCGUUUGUUUUCGAUAGACUUCUUUUAUACUUCGAUAUCAGUGGCGAUUAUGUCGCAAGUACUAAUUACCUAUUUUGUUUUCAUUUAUUAUUAUUUUUUUUCUCGAAAAAUCUGUUUCCUACAUAAACUCGCAUGACGAAAUAAGAAAAAAACUCGAAAUCCCUAUAAACGAACUUACGUACCGCAACGAACAGUUUUAUUAAUAAAAACAUAGCACCUCAUUUUCCUACCUAUGUAUCCGAACCAGAUGUGAUAUCGUACAAGAUCCUAGACGUAUAUUAUUUACGAAACAUAUAUAAAAAUCGGUUAUUUAUUUCCUAUUUUUACAAAUACAAUUUUGAACCUCGCAGUCGACAAAAAAAUUAUCGAUAUUUUCGUUUCGCACAAAUAACCAGAAUACUUUUAAACGUACUCGAAUUUUGUUCAUUGGUUUGAUUUUUUUUUACUUACCUCAUUCUCGCCUGACAUAUUGUUGUAUCAAAUCCUCCUCCUGUUACCAGGUUCUGUUACCUAUCUCUUCAUUUACUUCUUCUGUGGUAUAUCGAAAGAUUCGCGUAUUUUUUAGAGCAAAAGAAUAUUUGAAUCGCACAAAAAUCUUGUUCAAAGCGUAGACAGUAUUAAACCGAACAAUAUUAUAAAUCUUGCCGAUUAUAGUUCUUAUAAAACAAGAACAUUUUUAAGAUCAAAUUAUUCGUUAAGAUUAAUUAUAAAGAAAAUUUGUUUUUUGCAUUUAUGAUUUUAUUUAUCUUCUACCUUUUAAUGGCAAAUUUUACGAGUUCGUUUAAAAUGCAUUUUUUACUUGUGUUUUUUCUUUUGAUUUAUUUACUUUUUUUUUGAGGUUUUCGUUUUGUUUAUUUAUUUUUAUUAUUAUAGUGGUAUUUAUACAUAUACGAGUAAAGGUAUUAUACUACAUAGGUAUUGGUCAACUACCACCUAUAAAUAAAUGCAUCACGUAAGUUAUGUAUGUAUUAUACCAUCACAUCAAGUUCCAAUAAUGUAGUAUUUGUGUAAAUGUCGUCGAAUUCGUGAUAUAAGUUUUCUAAAUGAAAGUUAUUUUUUUAAUCGAAAAGAAUAAUUCGGAUAAUAUGAACUCGUACGUACGCAUACUAUAUUAUAAUAUUCUAGUCCUAACGUACAAUGUAUUUUUUUUUUUUUUUUUUUUUUUGAGAAUUUGUUAACGUACUCGUAUAAUUAUUGGAUGUUACCUUGCGAUAUUCGUAAUAACUUGGAAAAUUGAUUGUUGAGUUGCUAUAAAUUUUAAGUACAUUUAUGUAGAUUUUUACCAUUUAUGGCGCACCCCCAUGAUCAGAGUUUAAUUCGCGUUUACUUACCUCUCGAAAUCAAAUUGGUUUGAUACCUAACGAUUUCAUAAUCGUAUGGAAAAUCGAGUACAUCGUACGAUGAUGUAUUCAUACCUACCUACGCGAAUAACGCGGAUGAAAUGCUUGAAUUUAUAACUUUUUUUUUGUUUGUUUUUGAUUUUACUUAAUUUGUUUUUUGUUUCGUUGAUACUAGUGAUUGUAUUUUUAAAAAAUGAAUUCCAUGAUACUGGUAUGACCGUAGUACACCGUUUCUUUAUGUAAUAAACUUCUUUAAUAAAGAAUGUGUUGUAAACGCUUUA